AUGGCACAACCGUACAUAGGUUCGCGCAUCAGCUUGAUUUCCAAGUCAGAGAUCCGCUAUGAAGGAACUCUGUAUACAAUCAACCCGACCGAAGCUACCGUAGCCUUGCAGCACGUUCGCUCGUUCGGAACUGAAGGCCGCCGAAAGGACGGCCCCCAGAUCCAGCCAUCGGCUGAGGUGUAUGAAUACAUCAUCUUCAGAGGCUCGGAUAUCAAGGACCUGCAUGUUCUC